AAUCACCGCGCCUUGCGACGUCAAGGCCCCCUCCAGUGUCGCCUGCUGGCCACGACCAGACUUAUGCUCGCCGAAGCAAACCAUCACGACCUGCUCUUACGCUCGCGAGGCCGGCGCUGUCUCCGAUUGCUCUCCAUACCAUUCGAUCUCUCAUCCUACACUGUCUCCGCAGAUCCCACCACCAGCCAUGCCCACCGUCCCAACCACUCUAUCCUCCUCUAAAUCCGGCAUUACGACCUCCGAGACAGGCGAGCGCCAUAUCCCUUCCAGCACUCGCCCCGACGGCUCUGUGCGCAAGGAAAUUCGCGUACGUCCAGGCUACCGCCCGCCGGAAGACGUCGAGGUCUACAAGAACCGCACUGCUGAAGCAUGGAAGACUCGCGGUAGCGAAGGCGUGCCCGGAGCAGAGCCACUUGUGAAGAAGGCCGCUCCGGUAUCUGGCACGGUGAACAAGAAUGCGAAGCGGAGGGAAGCGCGCAAGCGCGCUGCCGCAGAUGGGAUUGCCGGAGAGGGGAGCACAGAUGGCGACGCGGCAAAGCCAGCAGACGGCAAAGGCGUCCAAGUGGAAGAACUGGAACCCCCAAAGGAGGUCGAUCUCGAAGUAGAGAAGGAGAAGGAGGCGAGAAAGCUGAUGAAAAAGCUUCGGCAAGCUCGUGAGCUAAAGGAUAAGAAGGAGAAGGGGGAUACCCUCCUCCCAGAGCAAUUCGAAAAAGUUAUCAAGAUCAACGAGCUCAUCAGGCUGCUAGACAAUCUAGGGUUUGAUGGCGAGGGAGUCCGGAAAGAUGGACAUGAGAGCAACCCAGAUAGAUGAGACAUGACGAGAACCAGAGUAUGAAGACGAAAACCAGCUCUCGAUGCGCCUUUCGAUCACUCGCGGAAUCUCCAAGGGAGCACCCACGACUCGGCCCUGAAAGUGAUCGUGUGGCAUGGUGGACUAGCAAGCUGCUAUCGGUACUUCACGGAGACGCAUAGAUUCCAAACUUCCAUUCUCGAAUAUACAGAAAAGGCUCGACUAUACAGAGAAAGCAGGCUUCGCAGCCGAAAAGGUUACCAGGACUCGAAGAUGUUCGUUAGCUCACGUUUCACUAUCGUCACAGCGUCGUGUAGUUC